UCCCAGACCUCCCUUCAUGGUUGAGUCUGCUGAAGAGACAGGACACGGGUUGGAAAUGCAGCCGGGCAUGCAGGCUCCUUAUUCCCUGGAGACAGGACCCUUCCCUCACUUCUCUCAAUGUCCUGAACAACAUCAGCAGCUCGGAGGAUGUCAAGCCCUUGCCAGGUCUCCCGGGGAUGGGGAACAUGAAUUAUCCAUCCACAAGUCCAGGAUCCCUAGCCAAACACAUCUGUGCCAUCUGUGGGGACAGGUCCUCAGGGAAGCACUAUGGGGUGUACAGCUGUGAGGGCUGCAAAGGCUUCUUCAAGAGGACGAUCCGGAAGGAUCUGAUCUACACCUGCCGGGAUAACAAGGACUGCCUGAUCGACAAGCGCCAGCGCAACCGCUGCCAGUACUGCCGCUAUCAGAAGUGCCUCGCCAUGGGGAUGAAGAGGGAAGCUGUGCAGGAGGAGAGGCAGAGGAGCAGGGAGCGCAGUGAGAACGAGGCCGAGUCCACGAGCAGUGGCAGUGAGGACAUGCCCGUGGAGAGGAUCCUGGAAGCUGAGCUGGCAGUGGAGCCCAAAACAGAGGCAUACAGUGACGUGGGCACAGAGAGCUCGACAAAUGACCCUGUCACCAACAUCUGCCACGCUGCUGACAAGCAGCUCUUCACACUGGUCGAGUGGGCCAAGCGCAUCCCCCACUUCUCCGACCUGACGCUGGAAGACCAAGUCAUUCUCCUCCGGGCAGGCUGGAAUGAGCUGCUCAUUGCCUCUUUCUCCCAUCGCUCCGUGUCGGUCCAGGACGGGAUCCUGCUGGCCACGGGCCUGCACGUGCACCGCAGCAGUGCCCACAGCGCUGGCGUGGGCUCCAUCUUUGACAGGGUUUUGACAGAGCUGGUGUCCAAAAUGAAAGACAUGCAGAUGGAUAAGUCGGAGCUGGGGUGCCUGCGAGCCAUUGUCCUGUUUAACCCAGAUGCCAAGGGUUUGUCCAGCCCCUCAGAAGUGGAAUCUCUGCGGGAGAAGGUCUAUGCCACGCUGGAAGCCUACACGAAGCAGAAGUACCCCGAGCAGCCAGGACGGUUUGCCAAACUCCUCCUGCGCCUGCCGGCGCUGCGGUCCAUCGGGCUGAAGUGCCUGGAGCACCUCUUCUUCUUCAAGCUGAUUGGAGACACCCCCAUCGACACCUUUCUCAUGGAGAUGCUGGAGACACCCCUGCAGGUCACUUGAGGGUCUGUCUGGCCAGAGCCUGGCCCCCUGUGUCCCUGCACAGCCUCCUGCCCCUCUGCUCUGAGCCCCUGAGAGCUCCAGAGAUGUCCUUCGCCCUCCGCUCCUCCUCGGUGGGAUUGUCGUGGUUUUGUACAGCUGUAAAUCACCCCCUCAAGCCCUUUCUGCGGGGUCACAGAUCCUCUACCCAGCUAAAAUCCCUCCCCCUGCCCCCCCUGUACAGAUAAUUGCUUUAAAUUAUUUUUUCAUUCUCAAUAAAAGUCAACAAAAGAAAUAAAAUGAUAUGAGUGAGGCACUGAUUGGA